CUCCUGAUAAAGUCGCGCGCUGCUUCACGUUGAUCAUGUUGACGACCUCGUCCACAUGACUUGGACCUCUCGGCACAUGUUGUAGGCACAUGUUGACAGCUGAGAGGCCAUGGAGGUAGAUCAGAGAAGAGAUGAUGUUGAAGAGGUGUCCGCGGUCGCGGUGGAGUCCGAAGAGUAUGAGCCGAAAGGUCCGAAACCUAUCAAGAAGCUCUCCAUCGAUGUGAUCAACUCGAUCGCAGCGGCAGAAAUCAUACACCGACCUUCCAACGCUAUCAAAGAGCUCAUCGAGAACUCGCUUGACGCCGGGUCGACCUCAAUCAAAAUCAGCAUCAAAGAAGGUGGACUCAAAUUGAUCCAGAUUACCGACAACGGACACGGUAUCAACAAGUCAGACCUGCCACUACUAUGUACACGAUAUGCAACCUCCAAACUUGCCAAGUUCUCUGACCUGCAGAGUUUGACAACCUAUGGAUUUCGAGGGGAGGCCCUGGCGAGUAUAAGCUAUUGCAGUCAUGUCGAAGUCAUCACAAAGACGAAAGAGGAUGGGUGCGGAUGGAAAGCCUUAUACGCCGAUGGCGAGUUGGUCGCUUCCAAAACUGAAUCAUCGCCGGAGCCGAAACCCGCAGCUGCAAACGAUGGAACUGUAAUCAGUGCGGAAGACCUGUUCUACAAUAUGCCAUUGCGAAAGAGGGCUUUCAAAUCAGCCUCGGACGAGUACAAUAGGAUCCUUGAUGUCAUACAAAAAUACGCCGUCCACAAUCCUCAUGUCGCUUGGUCCUGCAAAAAGGCUCAGUCCUCCCUUCCGGACAUCUCAACAUCCGCAGCCUCAUCAUCACGAGCCAACAUUUCUCUCCUCUACACCGCUGCGCUCGCUGCUGAUCUGCUCGAAGUCCCGGAAACGGUCCUCCAACCCGCAGAUAAGCUCUGCGCCACAGUCAGAGGCUGGAUCAGCAAUGCCAAUACCAAUUGGACUCGCCGAGGCGGAUGGCUAUUCUUCAUCAACAAUCGCUUAGUAGACUCUACGAAGCUCAAGAAGGCGCUCGAGUCGCUCUACACGGCCUUUUUGGCCAAGGGCUCUUCCCCAUGGAUCUAUUUGAGUCUCGAAAUCGAUCCCGCCAAGGUCGACGUCAAUGUUCAUCCUACAAAGUCAGAUGUGCACUUUUUGAGUGAAGAUGAGAUCAUUGAGGGUAUCGUGGGAGCCGUACAGCAGGCGCUAUCCGGCGCCAACACGUCGCGAACAUUCUCCGUUCAGUCACUCUUGCCUGGUGCCGCCGACCCCGCGAUUGGGAGAGAGUCGGAUCUCUCCAGUCGAUCCCAAUUAGCACGUAGAGCCGCGCCAAAUUACAAAAUUCGGAUGGAUCCUACCAACCGGACGCUUGAUUCCAUGCUCGCCCCCUUGGACCCCUCGCAAAUUGCUCCGUUUUCGGUGUCUCAACCCCUAGACGCGGAUCGCCCUUCGAAGCGGCGCGGAAUCGACGUAGAAGACGGUCUCGAGCUAGAUGAGGAAGACGGCAUCGGCCAAUCAGAGCAAAGGGAAUCUCUGUGGGAUACGCCCAUCGAGCAGUCGCAAAGUAGCAGCAUACCAGAGAGUUCUUGCGACUUUACCAGCAUUAAAGAGCUCCGCAAGGCUUGCAGAAGAUCAGCCAACGCUGAGCUUUCAGAGAUCCUAGCCAAACAUUCGUUUGUCGGAGUGGCCGAUCGCUCGCUGUGCCUGUCCCUGAUUCAAUACGCUACCAAGCUGUAUCUGGUCAAUCACGCGGCAUUGAGUGACGAGCACUUUUAUCAACUUGGUCUGCGGCAGUUCGGAGCCAUCAACAAGCUCAAGUUAGAGCCUCCACCAUUGUUGAAAGACUUGUUAGAGGUUGCCAUAGAGCAGGAGCGAGGUAUCGAAGAGCACGGCCUCAACAAGGAGCACGUGGUCAAUGUCCUCGAUGCCCUUCUCCUUCGGAAGCGCGACAUGCUGGAUGAGUAUUUCUCCUUGACGAUCUCCGACAAUGGUCUGGUUGAAGCUCUACCCAUGCUGCUCAAAAGCUACACACCAAACCUGGACCGGUUGCCUCAUUUCUUGCUUUGCUUGGGUACACGUGUUGACUGGGCGGACGAGAAAGCAUGUUUCGAGACUUUUCUUCGAGAACUGGCGUUUUUCUACUCUCCUCGACCUCUGGCGGACUCGGCCAGCUCGAACGUGGACUCGCAAUCGGAUGAUACAUCAGAAACGCCAGACGAGGUGUCUCGACAGCUCUGGCAACUCGAACAUGUUCUCUUUCCCAGCUAUAGACGCGACACUUCUUGGCCGAGAAACUUGUUGAGCAAGGACGUCACUCAGAUUGCCAACUUGCCCGACUUGUUCCGCAUUUUUGAGCGAUGCUGAGGGUAUCCAGUCAUGCUCUCCCGAACACAUACAUAGCAUGUCUUCCGUAUUGUUGUUGUUGUUGUUGUACGCAUAUGCAUAAGCCCGACGCAGCGCGGUUCCGCCGUCUUCCUCC